AUGAAUGCAAAUAAUGAAGACAUUAAAUCAUUUCUUAUCCCUGAAGUAUACGAUCAAAAAAAUGAUAAAGUUGAAGAUGCAUUUCUAGCUUUUUUUGACGAUGUUGGAGGACCUGAAAUGGCACAAUUCUUUAUUAAUAUUAAUAAAGAACAUUUUAAAGAAAAGAGUGAAGAAAGUGACUAUUAUUCUAGUGAAGAGAACAAUGAAAAACCCGACGAAGAGAAUUUACUAAAUCAUAGAAUGGAUGUUGACUAUGAAGAGGAAAAUUAUAAAAUUGGUCAUAAACCAAUUGAAGUUUUAAUUGAUAAGAAGAAGAAAGACUUUCAUGAUAUUUGUUCCAUAAUGACUCUAAACCCAAAAACAAUGAAGACGGAAGCUUGCAACAAACCAAGUGCUCGAAGAUUAUGGAAUUUAAUUGGGAAUUGGGAAAUAAAUUCAAAAUGCUUAAAUGAUGUUGGUGAUAAUUGUGGAAAACUUGGAGUUUGCGAUUUUCAUUUUAAUAUGGAUCAGAGAUCGGAUUUUCAUCAAACAGGGUUAAAAAAUGAAGUUAAUAUUACUUCAGCAAUAAUUUCAUUUAAGAACUGCCUUUUCUGUAAUCAAGAUUAUCAUGUGUUUACAAGGGGAAUUAAUUGUAAAGCUCAUGCUUGGAGGAUAUUAGGAAAAGACAUUCUAUUGCCCUGCCUUGCAUUAUACACUUGUAAAAUAUUACAUACAGAUGAAUCAGUAAUUUGUGAAAGAUUAAACGUAGAGAAAAAUUAUUACCUUCCAAGUUACAUUUGUCAAGCUUGUAUCAACAUAAAUGGUGGUCAUAUUCAUACACCUCCAGGACAAGGAAAAAUGAUGUUAGACUGUACAUUAGAACAUAAAAACGAAACAAGUUCAGGAUUACAUAUUAUUGGAAAUUGGAUUUUAGAUGUAGCGGCCUCGUCGAAAGAAGAAUUAAAACGUGAUUUACUUAUUAAAUUAACACAUUCCUUGACUGUUUAUUGGCAAAAUAAACAACCAUCAAAUAAUCUUAAAUCUCAAAGUUCAACCAUUCCCCCGAGUGUCUUUAUAAUAAACACUUGUUUGAAACUAGGAGAAGCAGAAAAUUUAGUAAAAAAAAGACUAACUAAAUUAAGUCCGGAGGAUUCUCUACGAUUUGGGCAACAAUUAGGCAAAUCAAUUCUUCAGGAAAAUAAAUAUAUUCAAGAACAUGAAAAAGUAUUAGAAUCACCAACCUCUCUUCUUGAAUAUUAUAAUAAACUACCUGAAGUAGUUACGUUUUUUUUUCGUGGAAUGAUUAGUAUAUUACUUAAACAUCGAUUUGAUACGACACAAAGGCAACAUAAAGCCACCCCAAUAUAUCAAGAUCCUAUGAUUUUAGUGCGUAUUGUGACUUUUUUUGUGUCGAUUAUCUUAACAAUAGCAUAUAAAGGAAAAAAAUUUUGGGUAACUUAUUUAUUGGCAAGUAUUUGUAGGCGUCCUAAUUUUUUAGCAUCAUUACAGGCCGUAUUACAUUCAGUAUAUAUUGUAGCACACACACAAAAGCAAGAAAGUCGUUUAGAAAAGCAAAGAAUGAAGAUGGUUGAACCACAUAAAAAUUUAUUAUCUGGACCAAGGAUCUGGAAUCUAGCUGUCAUAGACAACAUUGACUUUAUCCCACAGUCAUUUAAGUUUGGAAAUAUAUUUGAUAUUCCAAGAAAGACCCUUCAUGCAACUUUGCGGAUGGUACUUCAGUAUACAAUGCCAGUACCUAUUUAUGGAAUUAGUGAGGCUCGUGCUAUCAUGCUAUCAAAUAAAAUGCGACCAAUAUUUGAGAUUUCAUCCUAUAUUUUAGAAAUCUUAGAUAUUUUUAGCCAUGUGUUUAAGGAAUCACUUGGUUGUACUUUCUUUCCAUUCUUUUCAUUUAAAAAUGAUUUUGAUAACACAAAUAUACAUAAAAAAAUUUUAUCAUUCAUUACUAAGGGAUGCUCUAUAGAUUCACCUAAUAUAGUAAUAUUGGAAGCUGGUGGUGAACCAAAUGACGACGAAGGAAUUUUUGAAUCAUGUGAGAUGUAUAGCGAUGAAAUAGAACUGACAAAAAAUAGGAUUCAUGAUAAUUUCACAGGUCGAAUCAAAAUUCAAGAAUAUUUAGAUAUUGCUUCAGAUGAAUCUAUUUUUCGUAGAACAUUAGAUUAUAAACGAGAUAUCAAUCCUUAUACACGUACUUUACUUGAUUUGUAUAAGAACGAAUAUACAUCAGAAAAUAUAGUUAUUUCACGAAAAGAAAAAAUGUGGACAUUAGCUUUGGAAAUUCUAAACUUAUUCGAAAAUCCAAAUCAGACAAUGCACAAAUUAUUGUACUUUUCGCCAGAACUAAAUUUUAAUGGAUAUAAUCUUUUAUUUACGGCUUACGAAAAAGGAAAAUCGCGUAUGGAGGCUCUUUUAAAACAAGAAGUUUAUGGCACAGAGCCACGUAAUACAUACGGAAGAAGAGAUCGUGAAGUUAAUAUUUAUACUUAUGCUCAAAUUCAAGAAUUAUUUACUCAAAGAAUUACUAAAUCCAAAGUUAUAUCAUCUAAACUCAACCCAACUCCAAUCUUUGAGUCGAUAAAAAGCCCGGUUGAGAAUAAUAUUCCUGAUUUAUCUUCUUCACAAAGUAAUCAUGACAAUGAGGAAGGUAAUUCACGAAAUUCACGAAAGAGAAAAUGUAAUUUUACACUAUCUGACAAAUUUUCCGAGAAAAAGGUCCGGAGGGUUACAAAAGAUAGUGAAAAAAGUAUAUUAGAUGUCUUUGCUAUGAAGUUUUUAAGUUCAACGCCUGCGAAUUCUGAUAUAAAUGAAGUUUUGUCUCAUCUUGAUUCAUCAUGGGAUCGUGAAAAUGUGUUACAAUAUGUAAGAAAUGCAAGAAAAAAAUUUAAAGGAAAAAUGUAA